AUGGGAUGUUACUAUUGGCGAUCACAAUGGGAAGGGUCUGGGUACUCACUUUUUCGAAUUUGCUGGACUGGUCACGGAGAAAGGAAGAAUGAGGCGCGUUGGGUUUCUUUGCAUUCUGGGUUUCGCGAGGAAAAAGAACGAAGUGGGGCAAUUUUGGGUUUGUACGCGAUUUGGGUUGCAUUGCUGGUUGUUGUGGGAGUGCUAUUGUACAUAUGUAUAGGUAUUACCCAGAUAAUGUCAUCUAACAAUAAUCGUGUGUUUGACCAUGAAGACGCAGGUUGGGCUGAGAAUAGAUCGAAGAAAUUGCAUGAUCCCCUUAUAAUGGCGAAAGUGAGUAUCGAGAAAGUCAGGAAGGAUGUGCCUUCUUCUUCAAAAUCAAAGGUUGAAAAACCCCCUAAAAAAAGGGUUAGAAAAGUAUCAUCUCCAAUUUCCCGUCCUAAUCUACCCAAGUCUGUGAAAUACAAGAUAAAACAAAUUCCUGCACACUCCUUGAGGUUUGGUUCAACAUACAACAUGGGUUUUGCAGAAGAGUUGAAGUUGUCUAUAGGGAUUGAUGGUGUUGAGAAAUUUAAGAACACAAUUUUCGGUCCAUAUCUCAACAUUCCUAAUUGCAAUUACCAAGGGCAAAUAACAAAGUGUCUAUUACUACUUGAGCUGGAGCAGGAUAAUAUAGAUGAGCUCCAUAUUCGCCAUGCUAGCGGGAAUAUUUUGCAUUUCACUAUCAAAGAAUUUGCCAUCAUUACCGGCCUGAAAUGCACAGGAAAUGUUAAUGAAUUUAAAUAUCCUGAUUCCACUCACAGUAGAUUGAUUCAAAGAUAUUUUCCUGAUUCACAAAACGUUGUAAACAAGGGUCGUUUAGUUCAAAGAUUUCGGAUGGGUCAAUGGGAGAAUAGUCAAGAUGCUCUUGAAAUGGCAAUCCUAUAUUUCAUUCACACUUUUGUCUUUUCCCAGCUUGGUGAUGCAAAUAUACCUAUCCACCAUUUCUAUAUGGUUGAAGAUGGAAGGUAUGAACAGUUUCCAUGGGGACAGAUUGCAUUCUCAAAAUUGAUAAAAUCACUAAGACAAGAGUUCACCAAAGAAAAGAAGAUGUAUCGAUUAGCCGGCAUGCCAUAUGUCCUGAAUGUUUGGAUAUAUGAAUGUGCCUCGGUAGUCGGUGAUGAAAUUGCAGUCAAAGUGGGCAGUUUUAUACCUAGAAUAUGCAACUGGCGUAUUGUGGGAGUCAAGCCAAAAUUUGGCAUGUUUAUGUCUAGCAUCUUCUCCCAAAAUUCUUGCAAUGAUAUACAUCCAACAUCCGAGGAAAUGGCAUCACUUGAUUUGCCUGGUAAUGUUGAUGCUUCUCAUAAUGAACAUCAAAAUUCAGCUGCCAAGUCCAAGCAUGUUCAACUACAAGAACUUUUCGGAUUUGAGGAUUUUUCUACUAAUCCGACGAAUCAUUUUUUAAGGAGAUCAAGACGCGCUUCAACUACAUCAUCUACACCCCCUCCAAAGAGGAGAAAUAAUGUUCAUCCCGUUAAGCCAGAUGUUAUUGAUGUUAAUCAACCUGAACAAUCGACUGUGCAAUCAAACAAAAAUAGUCCAAUUCCAAUUUCAGGUGUUAACGUACCCGAUGUUCAUGUUCCUUCACUAGAUCCUAAAGAACCUACUGACAGAUCAGGGAUUAAACAAGUUAAGAAAUACCUGAAGAAAUAUAUUGACCAGAAAUUUCAGCAUUUGGAGGAUUUAAUCAAAUUAAAUCACAAGCAGUUGAUGAAUGUUGUUCGGAAUCCACACAAGCAAGAAGAAGAGAAUAUUUCUAGCACAUCUACAAGUCUUAACAUGCCAGAGUUCAAUCAAAAAGAUCACGUUGUUCAUCCACCUACCACUAACCAGUUGUUUGAUAAACGGAGUUCACCUAUUGCGAUGGACGUGCCCGACAAUGAUCGAUUUGAGGUAGAUGUUGAGGAUCAAGAACAAAAUCUUAUCCCUGAACCAAAGAUUGUUGAAGAUGUUACUACAUGUAAGGAAAAAGAAGGUAGGAAGGAUGUAUCAGAUCUUCCACACAUAACAGAAGUCCAUGAUGAAGCAAAUGUACAUCAGCAAGAUAAUGAAGAUGUACCAGUUAGAGGCUCCAAAACAUUUCAUCAAGUAAUGUUGGAUGAACACGAUGCUGAUAAAGUGAAGGAUAAUGUCAUAAAAUCUGAUAAAUCGGGUUCAAUAAAUUCGAAUUCAGUACCAACUGGUACUCAAGAAGCAGUAGAUACACUUUAUGGCAUUCAUGCUCCUAUGGAUGCUCAACCACUGCAAGUUGUCACUCCCCAACAACUUACUGACACACAUGAUUUGAGAUUGCGCAACCUGGUACCCAUGAAUACAAACAUAAAUGAAAUAGUGGUGCAUGAAGUGUCAAAGACGCCUAUUCAAAGAUUGAGACUGCCAUCAAAGAUCUUUCAAUCACCAUAUGUGACUAUAUUUGGGUCUAGCGACAAAGGCAAAGAGAAAGUUGAUUCAGAGUUACACAUUCGUCCAAAUCACCCAUUUCAAGAUUGUGGUAUUAUUUUCCAACCUCCAUCUGCUUUACUUGAUCAGUACCAUCAGUGGUUAUCAAAGGGCCUUCUUAAAACACAUGACAAGAAGAAACCAAAAGAGGACAAAUACAAAUGCAAUUUAGCUUCUUUUGGAUUUGAGCAAAUGGACUUCGUUGUUGCAUUUCCAAUUAAUAAAAAUUGGUUCUAUGCCAUGUCGCAGCCAAAGAAAUGUUGGACUGAUGAGCACAUCGAUGUAGUCUUUUACUACCUUAGGAAGAAAUCAAAAUUGCGAAGCCUGGAUCAAUACAGAUACACUACAGUUAACUGUUUAUUCAAAACAUACAUCAAUAACACACAUGAGAGGUAUCAUUGCAGUCUUGCCGAUGACAACCUUAGUACACAGGAACACAUGGCGCGUGGGUCUGUUGUAUCUGGAUUCGAGCGGUCAAUGAUGAACAUUAUUAAUGGUUUUGAGAUUCCUGCUGGUUUACCGUGGCACUCAUGUGAUGAUGUUUACAUUCCGGUGAAUUGUGAUGGACAAUUUCAUUGGGUAUUGGCUGUUGUUGUUUUGAAAAAGAGGCUAAUACGUGUCUACGACUCAGCAUCUGGAUCAAGGAGAAAAAAUUUUUCGGGAGACAUUAAAAAAUUAUCUCUAAUGUUGCCUACUUACCUCCAGGACAGUGGAUUUUUUUAUCAUUCUAAGCGAACUGAUUGGUCAUCUCUUGAUGCUUAUAAGGACAAGGAAACUGGAAGUCUAUUGGAACCAAAACACUCUUUUCUUGUUGAAUAUGUACAAGACAUUAUUCAACAAGGAAGCGACACACUGGAUUGUGGUUUGUUUGUGGCCGCCUUUGCUGAAUUCCUUAGCGAUGAAAUUCCAAUCCAAUCCAAUAAUUUUCGUUCUGAUUAUCUCCGGUCAAGAUACGCAGCAUUGCUAUGGAAUUACGGUGGUGAAAAGGCUGAAGCUGGAUACGUUAGUGAUAAUGACGAUCCAUCAAAGCCUAGGGGUCAUUUCACACCACCAAACCAUGAUGCGUUGGUUAACCUGGAGUAG